UUCUUUUUUCUUGUACUUCUUCUGGGUUUGACUGGGUGUGUCUGCUCUCUGUAACAUGAGAGCCACAUGACCAAUAGGAAGGCAAACAGUCUGGAAGUUAGAGUUCUUCCGCAAACUUUAUGAGUGUUUGCUGCGUAGUAAGAAGCACAAGGCCUACAGUCUACAGUCCAACAACACUGGAACAGAGCUACGUCAGCAAAGAUGGCAAAUCCACUACAGAAGCUUGUGUCUGAGAAAAAGGACAUGGUGGAGACAGUGAUGGAAGUGUUUGAGCAAGGAGCUGAAGUGGUGGCCAGCAUUGCCGGUGACCUCUUCCCCGUCUUCGCCAUCGCAGCCCCGAUCGUCAAGCUAGCUCUGGACAACGUGGAGAGCAAAGAGGCCGCAUUCAUGAAGGAGCAGUUUCAGAAGGUCAGAGAUCGGCUGGAUGUAGUGUCCGAGGAGCUUCAGCGGAUCAACGAGGAGAUCAAGAAGAGCGGCGUGGAUACUACGUACUUCCCCGUUGAGGAAAACAUUACCAAUCAGUUCAGGAAGUACAUGGACAUCCUCAACGCCAAACCGAAGUUCAGGGAAGUGAAGAAGAAGCUCUUCCUGGAGCAUUUCGCCAAGACCGGAGGCGACAAAAAUAUUAACACCCUAUUCAACGUUGUGAUGGGAGAAAGUUUCUCUGGGGAACCUUUGCUCGAGAUCGUCCUUAACUACGAGGAGAAAAAUCGCCGGGUGAUGGAAGACUUUUGCGCCCGUCUGAAGAAGCUCUUCUGCAUUGCGCUCAUUGCGCUGCUGGGCCACGCUGCUCUGAAAGGAUAUGACGAGGAGGACGAUCUUCUGAAAGAGUGGGGUGAGAAGAUGAAGGCUGUCCAGGGUAAAAUGAACGCUGUCAUUGAAGACUGCAUCGUCAGCUUCCCUAAACAAGCCGAAGAAGACUCCCGACGACUGGUGAGAGAUCAGCAAGAUUUAACCAACCAACAGCUAGCUGAUGCUAUGGUAGAGAUGCUAAAGAAGAAGUAUGACUGGGUGGGCUGGUCUGUGCGUAUAUUUAAAUCUCCUUCAGGCCUGUUUGCCAACAAGAGGGAUUUCCAAUGCGCAACGGGAAAGCACCGCUUCCAAGUGCCUUCGUCGGAUGAGAAACUGAACGUGUGGGUGUCCUACAGCUCCUCGCCUGAGCCUGUGGACAAGAGCCACAUCCAACAGCUGAUCCAGUCUCAGAAGAAACUCACAGUGGUUGGGGUCGCUGAGUUCCUGUUCGAGAAGUUACCCGGCGACUGUGUGGUUCACACAAUCAAAUCCUCCAAAGACCUGGCCUGCUCGUGGAGCUUCGAAGAUGAACUUCACUACUGGGAGGAGCACAAAAACUUCUACGUCUGCGUUCACUCAGCUUGAUGUUUUAGACACUGAACAAAACUCCAAAAGUCACUAA